UGUUGUGUAUUUUUAUCGCCGAGCUUUGAUCGUGAAUUUUUGCCUGCAAGACAUUUGUUUAUGCAAUUAAUGUGUUGUGAUUCGCUUUAUAAAGUGACUAUAACCUGCUGGAUAUUGACUAUUUUCCUGGGGUGCAACGAAUUGACGAUCUAAACGCAUUUAUAAUUUGCCAUCGAAGUAAAAAAUCGCCUUCAUCAUCUUCCCAUUACCACUACAAGUUCCUUCGAUGUUUCUCCGAAGCAUCAUCAUCUUCGCAGCACUUUGGGGUAUGUCUAGCAGCGCUCCCAACAGUCGCAUCUUCGGUGGUCAACGAGUCGAACCGGGAGAGCUCCCGUACACGGUAUUGAUUCGUCUGACCAGACAACAUGACUUGGGCGAGCGACUCUUCUGCGGUACGAUCCUAACCAGACAAUGGAUCCUCACCGCUGCCCAUCCGGUGCAGAAUGAUGUCUACCGCCCGGAUGCGUUCGAGGUGAUGGCCGGCAAAUAUGAUCUUUGGUCCACGGAGUACAACGAACAAUCUAGAUCGGUACGGGAAGUGAUUAGGCAUCCUAAACAUACUAGUCUUGUUAUUGGAUUACACGACGUGGCCUUGUUGAUGCUGGCGACACCGCUUGAAUUCACCGAAGCUGUGCAACCAAUUGCCGUGGAUAUCAGCACGGAGUAUCCGGACGGAGUCGGCACAGUAACCGGUUAUGGAACGCGUCUGGAAGACGGAAAGCAAACUAGUUUCCUAAUGAAACUAUCGGUGAAUAUACUUACAAUCGGAGCCUGCACAAAUGGUCACAAGUUCUGGAACCCGUCCAUAAUCUGCACCGAUCCGGGUACCUGCGAAGGAGACUCUGGAGCUCCUCUGGUACAAUGGCGAAGCAACCGUUGGGUCCAGAUUGGACUGAUGUCGUUUGGCGAGCAGUGUACCUUCUAUGGAGUUCCAACCUAUUACACCUACGUGUCGCAAUAUGUCAGUUGGAUUAACGAAACCUUGGUAACGGCUAAAAUCGAGGCAACCGAUGGUGCCGUUCGACUCGGAGCUGGCAUGUGGCUUACUGUGAUUGGUUCGGUCGUGUUUGUUUUGAGUGCUCAAUUAAACACUAAAAUUCAUGCCGUUUUUAUUUGACCUUGAAACUAAGUCGGGUUCUGAGCCCAACCGCGGCUACAUUUUGGCAGGGUUAUAACCUGACCACAUUAGAAACUGGCC